AUGCGGAUGGUGGUGAGCGGAGGGGAUGGACGGGGACAGACCUUCCACAGAUGCUUAUUUGCAUGUCGUGUCGGUGCAGCAAGGUCCGAAAAGCUCGCCGACGACCUCGGCCCUCGGGGCGCAUUUGAUAGGCCUGUUUUUGGGGCACUUUUCUUUGGGCCCGAUUUGGAGGCCUGGACCGGUCGACGUGCAUAUGCCCGACACCGUGGUGAUCAUGCCAAGGGCGAUGAUAAGGUUGGUCAUAGUGAACUGCAUUUUUGCGGUGGUUUCGGGAUCUAUAUUUCCGACUUUGGUAAUAGUUUUUGCGACGUAAAUAAAUUCAGGUAUUUGAAGCUCCCCGAGAACAAUUAA